AUGAUGCCAUCAUCGUGCGCACACGAGAAAAAUAGACAGAAAGGUCAAAAGACGAAAAAUAGUCGGGACGAGCUACGUCGUAAACCAAACAUCUCCGAGCUGGUGUACAAAUUCCUAAGCCUUGGUGGCAGCAAAGAAGACGCCCGCGAGACGCUGAGGAAUUAUAACAUAACGAAGUGCCAGUUUUGCAAGCGGUUGAAACGCCGUGAAAAAGUUCUGGAUUGUCCGAAUUCCCAACCUGGCGAUAGCAUGGCCAACAAACGAAAGGACACGACGAGAAAUUCCAAGGUCCAUCGCGUCAAGCGACGACAAAUCUCCAGGGAUCAAACUCUCUCGUCCUGCAUGCACAAGUCCAGCGGAGGGGAAGGGAUGAAGAAAAUGAAGAGAUACAUCCAGAAGGCGCUCGAUUUCGGUGUAGAGUCUGGCUACUUGAUACCAAAGGACGCCGCGUACAAAGUUCUCCGCGUGUCCUCGGACCUGAUGAACGAUGUGAAUUACGGGAGCAAAGAUCGGAGGUCGAACGGCGCGGUUUCGCAAGUUAGGGACAGAAGUCCUCGUCGAACGCCGAUUAGAUUCGAGGAUUACGAGGUGCAGGACGCCAGGAGGCGACGAAGAGGCAGGAGGAGGGGCAGGAGGAGGAGGAGGCGGUCGAGGAGAGGACGAAGACGAUCGAGGAGCAGGUCCAGAAGAGGACGAAGAAGGAGAUCGCGCAGAGGAAGAAAGCGUGACGCAUCCGGCGCCGAGGAGGAGGUGGUCGAUAUCGAGAACGAAGACGAGUACGAUUUCGGCAAACAGGGGGAGCAGAGGAAGAGUCCGGAGACCGCGACCAGAAGCGGGGAGAACGACAAUUUGAAUCAGUCUGACGGUGAAAAGACGGCGAGGAAAAGGGAGGACGAUGCCUCGGAUCUGUCCAUGGACGAAGAGGAGACCGACGACGAAGAGGAGAAGAAGAGGGAGGAAACGACGAAAUCGUGAGACGAGUGCACGCAUCGACAAAUCGACCGUGUUAGGUGUGAAAAUUCUUUCGUGACAUUA